AUGCCUGAACAGACAUACAAGCCACGAGUCGUUCGUCGAGGAGGAGGAGUUCGCACCACUGAGGAUCGCGGAGCCGAAGACACUCGUGUGGAGAAAGAAGUUGACAGGGAGGUUGAUCAUCAUGAUCGAGGCUAUGAUCAACGCCGACGGUACCCACGAGUUGUUAAUCCGAUGAAUCAACGCCGUGAUCGCGGAUAUCGAUAUGGAGGACCCGGUCGACGUUACGAACAUGAUCAAGAGCACGAAGCGGAGGCGCCAAUGAGGCGACCGCGUCGCCUGAGGCCACGUACGAAUUCGCACACGAAGGCGGUUGACAAGCACGAGGUGGACAGUGCUCGUGAGUGUUCCGGCGGCGAGACGGACGACGAUCAGCAUGUCCGCCGGCGGAACCCGAAGGCGGCUGAGCCGCGCGACAAGGAAGCCAAGCCGAAGUCUCCGCGCAAGAAGUUGAAUGCCAAAGCGCCGACUCGCCUAUCUCGUAACCGUCGUCAGCGCCUGCCGAAGGUCUACUCCGCCAAGGAAUUUUUGGAGCUGCAGGGGCCGGUGGAAAAGCUGAAGAAGCGGCUCGAUCACAAAACUGAAGUCGACGAAGAAGAGCACGAUGAAGCUAUUCGAGAAUUGGUCAAAUAUUAUGAGGAAGCUGAGGGGAAGAAUCCCUACGAACUUGCCCUCAAGAUGCUUAUGGUGGCAGUUGGGUACGAUCAUGCCGAGAAACUCUUCAUGCCGAUAUUGCGUGCGUUGGAUCUUGUUCUCCGCGGCGAGGAGGUCAAAGAUAACUGCCUCACUGAUGAAUUGCAACAAGCCGCGUAUGUCUUGAGCAAAGUUUCUGAAUAUUCUCCAUGCGUGGAUUUCCUGAAGGAUCUUUUCGAGCUGAACGAGGUUUCGACCGAGAAGCUGAAGGGACUCGUGAAAGCUCUUCUCAAGUUCCAUAUGUACAGAGACGCUUUGAAGGAAAUACUUGAUAACGAGCUUGAGAAGGAUUUCGAAAUGCAGCAGAUCAUCGCGCCAAUGCUGGUGCAGCAUAUAAUUCAACCUUUGGAAGACAUGUUCAAGAAGAAUCCCUUCUACCUGGAAUCAACUAUCCGCUACAUGGAUUUGGUGGUUGGAAUGUCGUAUGAGGACAUGAAUGCGGAAGUAGAGAAGUACAAUGUUCCACGGGUUUUGGGACUGGGUCGCCAGUUCCUCGUGCGAUUGAUUUUGAGUUGGAGGGAUACAUACAAGUUUGGACUGGAUUGGUGUCCAAACAUAAAGAAUUUUUUCGCCUUGCAGCAACUGUACUACUUGAAUCGUCGACGUUUCAAGACUGGCGAUUUGUCUUACAUUAACUGGUUCGAAUUGACCGUCGACCUCGUCAAAGCGAAUCCAGAUAUUUCGAAAGAGCUGGUGGAUGAGCUGGUUCGCUAUUCUCGACCUCAAGAAGCCAAAUACUGGGCUGAGAAUUACAAAGUUGAAGAAAAUCAGAUGGCUGAACCCGUCGUGGAAGCCUUGAAAGCCGUCACUGAUGCCUUUGAUCUUGAAAAGGCAAAAGGAGAACCUUUGAAGCCUAAAGAAGGCAGAGUUGUAAUGGACUUCGAAAUUGACGAAAGCACCAUCAAGUUCGUGGACAAGGAGCAUGAAUGCAGUGAGGCGUUCGAGAUUCUUAACGAGAAACCGCGCGUUGGAGUCGAUGUGCAAUUGAGACCAGACACUGGACUCACACGUGGAAUCGUAUCACUGCUGCAAGUUGCGCAUCCGGAAGGAGUUUAUGUGUUCGACGUGAUCGCAUUGAAGAACACAUCUGUGUUGGUGGAUGGAUUGCGAAAGCUUUUGGACAACCCGAAAGUCGUGAAGAUCGGGUUCAAUGUUGCGGGUGACUUGAAGUUUUUGAGCACUGCGUUGGACGCUGAUUUCAAAGUUGAUGGAAUUUCGCACGUGGUCGAUUUGCGUGUGAUUCAAGACAAAUUUUACAGAGGGAUGGCUGAUUUCUUGUUUCCGAAUGCGAAUCGAGGAGGUGACCGAGAAUUGGAGGGGGAAACCUAUAAUUCGUACGAAGCUCUCCCGCUUCGUGGGCUGAACUCGUUGGUGAAGGCCGUGUACGGGAAGAAUUUGGAUCGUUCUGAAGUCUCUUCCAACUGGGACAAUCGUCCACUGCGUCAAUCGCAGUUGAGAGGCGCUGCGGUCGAUGCGCUUAUUUUGAUUCGGCUGUAUGAUCAACUUUUGGAGGAAGCAAAAAAGAAUGAGAAGGAUAUUGAGGAAAUCUUCCAGCCGAUUGUGCGUCGCCGUGGCGCCCGUGGCCAGAGCCGUCGUUCUGGCGGGGAAGAUGGGGCUGGGACAGAUUCUGGUGAGAAGACUGGCGACGAGUCUGGGCGCAGUAGCCGGAAUGAAGCGACUGCUCGUCCUGUUCGUUACGAUUACGGAUACAACAGGUACGGCCGGAAUUAUGUGGGAAGGGGUCGUGGAGUUGGAGGACGAUUCCGUGGAGGCUAUUACGGGGGUUCCGCUGCGUACGCCGCCAAACCGCGGGUUCCCAGGGAUACCAGCCAUCCACCAGCAACCCAAGCGGAGGAAAUUCUUGAGGAUGGCAAGGUUCCAGAGAUCAUGUCUUCGCCUAAGAAGCCGAAGGAUUUGAAGAUCGUCGUGGACAGCAUGCUGCGUGGUCUAGCGAGAGCUUUGACUGAUCGGGGCCUAGACGUUGUCGCCCUGCGACACAAGGAUCGUCAUACGGAUUGUGUCGACAAGAGUAACUCUGAGAAGCGCAUCAUACUAACUCAGGGUCGCGUCUUCUAUGAAAUGAGAGAUCAAGUGCCCACGGGUUACUGCUUCAAAGUUGUAACUAAGACAAUCGACCAACAAGUGGAUGAGGUGUUGAAGGCAUAUAGUGUGACUGCCGACGAAGACACAAAGCAAGGCGAAGAUCAGGAUGAAGUCGCAGCUUCCAACGUGAGCCUCGCUGCUUUUUGA